CUUGCCUGCUAGGUUGGUAAACAAAAUCCAGCAUGACUGUUUUUUGAGCUUUUUGAUUUUUGAGGAACAUUUUGCACCCAAAUUUUGUUCUUAAUUUUUGAAUAGGACCACGACUUCAGCUCUGCGAAUGAAAUUUUGCAAUUACCAUCCUUAAUCCGAAAACAGCAAUGUUGACCGAGGCGUGGGAAAAACUGGACUACAAGCUAAGUCCCCCGAUUGUUAAACACCUUUCUGAAUUGGGCUUCGAAAAGAUGACUCCUGUUCAGGCUGCUACCAUCCCGCUUCUCUUGAAAAAUAAAGACGUCGCCGCAGAAGCUGUCACAGGCAGUGGAAAAACACUGGCUUUUGUGAUUCCCAUGUUGGAGAUGCUCUUGAAAAGGACGGUACCUCUGAAAAAACAAGAGUGUGGGGCAAUAAUUAUUUCACCGACUAGAGAAUUGGCAACCCAGACAUUUGAAGUUCUGCAAGGAUUUUUGAAACACCUUCCCCAGUUCACAAGCAUAUUGCUGGUGGGUGGCUGUCCUGUUACAAAAGAUGUCCAAGCAAUAUCAAAAAAAGGGGCACACAUUGUGAUUGCCACGCCUGGCCGACUUUUGGAUUUGAUGGAUCGUCAACUCAACUCUGGGUUGCUGCAAGGAGUCAAAAGCUUGGAACUGUUAGUCUUGGACGAAGCAGAUCGCUUGCUCGACAUGGGUUUUGAGGUGGCGUUGAAUUCAAUUUUGGUUCGAUUACCUCGACAAAGGAGGACAGGACUAUUUUCUGCUACGCAGACUAAAGAGGUGCAAGCUUUGGUCAGGGCAGGAUUGAGGAAUCCAGUUGCUGUGGCAGUGUCUGAGAAAAAAUUUAAAAACGCAGAAGGAAAUGAUGAGCAAAGCAAAACUCCAGCCUCACUUGCCAACUACUACAUGAUUUGUGAACCUCAAAAUAAAUUUUCUCAAUUGAUUGAGUUUGUGAAAAUUAACUCCUCUGAAGCUUCUGGGAAAUUUAUGAUUUUCUUUGCUACAUGCGCAUGUGUCGAAUACUUUGGCUACCUCCUUUCUAAAUGCUUGAGUGACACAAAGAUUUUCAGCAUUCACGGCAAAAUGAAAGAAAAAAGACAUAAGGUCUUUGACACUUUUCGCAGCGCUGAUUCUGGAAUUUUGGUUUGCACUGAUGUAAUGGCUAGGGGAGUUGACAUUCCCUUGGUGGACUGGGUUAUCCAGUAUGACCCACCUUCUUCAGCAGCUGCCUUUGUUCAUCGCUGUGGACGGACAGCUCGAAUUGGCAGGAAGGGCUCGGCUAUCUUGCUGCUACUACCAACUGAAGAGAAUUAUGUUGAGUUUUUGAAAAUCAAUCAAAAGGUGUUGUUAGAGUCUGUUGAUGCUGAAGAGGAUGUUCCUGAAUAUUUGGAAAAGAUUAGAGGCUUGCAAAAGUCUGACAGAGCAAUUUUUGACAAAGCCAAUCGUGCAUUUGUUUCAUACAUAAAAUCAUAUGGAAAGCAUGAGUGCCACUUAAUUCUACGUUUAAAAGAUUUGAACUUCGGAGAACUUGCAACAGGAUUUGGUCUCCUCAAAAUGCCUAAGAUGCCAGAGCUGAAAGGUAAAACCGUUCAAGAUUUUGAAGAGGACCCCGUCAACACAAACACGAUUUCGUACAGAAAUUCUGAAAAAGAAGCGUCAAGAAAAAGGAAAUUUGAGGAGUACCAAGAAACUGGGCAAUGGCCUGGAAAAAAGAAGAGGAAAGUCCAAACGGUGUCUUGGGCAAAAUCUAAGGAGCUAAGGGCAACCAAGGACGACAUCAAGUCUAAACGCAAACGGGAAUUGAGGGAGCAAAAAAAGAGGAAGAAGGUCAAAGUUAGCCAGGAUGACAUGGAGGAGCUUGCAAAGGACAUAGCUUUGAUCAAGAAGUUUAAGAAGAAAAAGAUUACUUCGGAAGACUUUGAUAACCAAUUUAUGGGAAGCAACUGAGAAAAAUGAAAUUAUUUGUAUUAUAAUAAACAUCAAUUUUAUUUAAUCUA